AUAAAUAUAUAUUUUUAAAAAAGUUACUCCGUAUAUGAAAUGAAUCAGCGCAGUACCAAAUAAGAACACGAAACGUUUGCCAACUUUAGUCAACGACAAUGUACCAUCAAAUUUAACAAUUAGUUAGUGUAACAUGUGUAAGAGGCCGGCCGGGAGCUUCUUUUAAGAACCUUUGGUUAACUAACUUAAAUCAUGUAUGAUGUUUAAUCAAUAAAAAAAAUUCAAUUCAUUAAAAAUCAGGCGUAUAGAAACGUCUUAGACUCUUAGUCAAGAUAUAUCAAUAAGAAAAUAUCCCACAAAAAAAAUUCCCGAAAUUAUCAAUCCGCUGGAUGCCAGAUCAACACCAAGUCAAUUAGUUUGAAAUCCAAAUCAACAUUGUUCUUUAUAAUACUUCCUACGUUGCAUUUAGAUUAUUUAAGUAUUUUGCGGUAAAUUAAACUAAGUUUGUGCUGUAUUUGAUACGCAUCUUACAGACCUUUUAUAAAUGCAUCAGUUUGGCCAGGUGUAAUUUACAUCUAUCUACUACUCCGUACUAUAUGGGGCACUUUUCAUACAAGUAAUGUCAAGCACUACGUAUGUUGGUAUAUUUACGUGAUUGCGUGGUGUGUAUUUCACAUUUCAAUAAAUAUGUAUCGAUAUUGAAUAAUAUGUUAAAAAAACAUAAAAUAAAAAUUAUUUUAAGUAUGUCAUGUGCCGAAUUCUCAAGGAUUAACCUAUUAUAUACCUCCUCUAUUCCAAAUUAGUUGUUACACUUACCUUUGCACAAAAUUUUAGCUGAUAAGUGGUUGUUUGGUUAUCAAUUGUUAUUUUAUUGAAAAAGUACAUGUGAUAGGAGUAGUGGGGUAUUUUUUUUUUAUUAAAUGAGAGAGGGAGUGGGUAGAAAAAACAAUUAGGGGAAGAAAGAGACAAUAUAAUAAUUGUGGGGUCAUUCCUUAUUUAAAGUGUACUCCAACAACUAAUGUGGGACGUACGAAAAAGAAAAAUGUAACAACUAAUCUGGGACGGAGGAAGUAUAAACAGUCCGACGACAAACAACUAGUAUAUGGAGUAUAUAUAUUAAUUACGGAGUAAUAUAUAUUGGUUGUAUAGAUUGGUGUCUGUGAUUCUUUAGGUAACGUUGGAUGAGAUAAAUUGUUUUUGGAUUCAUGAUUUGUUUCCUGCCGUGGUGCCGCAACAUUUGAGAACCCCUAGCUAUAUAAAUAAGGAGUACUGAAUUUGGAAGCUUGAGAAUUGAAUUAGAUAACACAAAAAAUGGAAAGGAAAGUGGGCAUAAUUGGAGCAGGCAUUAGUGGAUUGUUAGCAUGCAAAUAUGCCCUUGCUAAGGGUUACCACCCCUUAGUGUUUGAGUCACGAAACACCAUUGGUGGUGUUUGGACCAAAACUUUAGAGACUACAAAGCUCCAAACUCCUAAAUCAUUUUUCCAGUUUUCUGAUUUUCCUUGGCCUUCUUCUGUCAACACACUUUACCCUUCCCAAAUACAAGUAUUUGAUUACGUUCAAUCUUAUGCUAAACAUUUUGAUUUGCUUAAUCACAUUAGAUUUAAUACCAAGGUGUUGAAUAUUAAGUAUGAUAAAGGUCCAUCUAAUCAUGAUCAUGAAGAGAACCAAUCGUGGGGUGGUGAUGACCCUUUUGGUAAUAAGGGCAAAUGGAUUGUUACCUCGCAAGAUCUUCUCACCCAAACGGUUGAGGUGUUGCAAGUAGAUUUUGUAAUAUUGUGUCUAGGACGAUUCAGUGACGUGCCAAAUAUACCAGAGUUCCCCAUAGACCAAGGGCCAGAGAUAUUUGAAGGGAAGGUCAUGCAUUCAAUGGAAUAUUCUGAUUUGGACAAUGAAAAGGCUAGAGAUUUGGUUAAAGGGAAGCGAGUUACAGUCGUUGGCUACAGAAAAUCUGCACUUGACAUUGCUAUGGAGUGCUCAACUGCUAAUGGAGUGAAAAAUCCAUGCACAAUUAUAUGUAGAACUCCACAUUGGAAUAUAUCUCAGUCCAUUCCUUGGGCCAACAUCUACUUAAACCGCUUUUCAGAACUCUUGAUUCAUAAACCUGGUGAAGCCCCUCUGCUUAACUUCCUUGCCUCACUAUUGUCACCUUUGAGAUGGGGAAUUGGCAAAUUUGUGGAGAGUGAUAUUAAGAAAAAGCAUUCUCUCAAAAAAAUCGGCAUGGUACCUGAACAUAGUUUUUUACAAGCGAUGAACUCAUGUUCAGUGGUAACAGCACCAGUGGGGUUUUAUGACAACGUUGAGAAAGGAAGUAUCAUGCUCAAAAGAUCUCAAACCUUCAGCUUUCACAAAGAAGGUGUUUUACUUCGUGAUAGUAUUGGACCUAUUAAGAGCGACUUGGUUAUUUACGCUACUGGAUUUGAAGGUGAUAAAAAGCUCAGAGAUAUCUUUCUGUCUUCCGAAUUUCAGAAAUACCUUACCGGCUCCUUUAAUGACACGGCUCCUUUAUUUCGGGAAUGCAUCCAUCCACGAAUUCCUCAACUAGCAGUCAUUGGAUUUUCGGAGGCCUUUUCAAACUUGUUCACCUCAGAAAUAAGGUGUCGUUGGUUAUUUGAACUAUUAGACGGGAAAUUCAAAUUGCCAAAUAUUCAAGAAAUGGAGAAAGAUAUGUCAGUAUGGAACAACUCCAUGUACUACAGAAGGCCAUGCAUAGGAGCAAUGCAUAUUUGGUACAAUGAUCAGCUUUGCAAGGACAUGGGCUUAAACCCAAAGAGAAAGAAUGGAAUUUGGGCCGAGUAUUUUGAACCUUAUGGCCCAAUGGACUAUGCUUAACGUUAACCAACUUUUCUGUGUGUGCCACACUGCAUGCACUGAUGCACCUGUCGGCUCUGUUGAACAUUAUGUUAUGUUUAUUAUUAUUGUUUUUUUUCAUGAAACGUUGCUGCGGUUUCGCGGAACGCACCAAAUUAAG